AUGAAUAUAUCUAUCGAAAAAAAAAGAAUGGAUUGCUCUGCUUUGCCAAAAGGAUGGCAAAGAGAAGAAGUCAUAAGAAAAAGCGGACUAUCCGCUGGAAAAGUUGACGUUUAUUAUUACAGCCCAACAGGUAAAAAGUUUCGCAGUAAAGCAGAGCUAGUUCGUUAUCUGGGUGAUAGUAUGGACCUAUCAUGUUUCGACUUUCAGCAGGGUCAAAUUAACACCAUGCUGCUGUGCAAGGCCAAGAAAGCUCGUGCGCAGUUUGAUUACAGGGGUGUACGAUCUGAUGCCUCGUUAGUUCCUCCUAUACGACAAACAGCUUCAAUUUUCAAGCAACCAGUUACUGUCUACAAAACUCAAGAAAGUAAAGUUAAAACAGAUUUAAAGCAUGGUAACCAAGAGAAACCUAAGCAACUAUUUUGGGAAAAAAGACUUGAGGGUUUGACUGCUUGUGAUGCAAAUGGUGUUAUUGGAACCACUACAUUACCUCGCUAUAUAAAACCUUUGGGACCCUACACAUCAGAUGCUACAACUAUCCAAUCUCUUGCUACAGCAUUGCAUGUUUCGUCUCAACCUAUAACAGGGCAGACUGGAUCAAAACAAACUAUUAUCGAAAACCCAGGUGUUUUUUUAAAUCCUGAGCAGCCAUUGAUUGCAGCUGUGACAAUAACAAAAGAGGAUGUAAAGAGGCAAGAAGAAAGGGUGAAACGGGCUCGCUUGAGGCUUAAAGAGGCUUUAGUGACUGUAUAG